AGCACAGGUAACCGGUUUCUCUCAUCCUAUAUUCCCACACUAAAAAACCCUAGCCUACGGCUGUCGGCAUCUCUUUUUCGUUUUUGAAACAUUGUAUAAAGGUGGGAAUUUUCAAGGAGCAUUUCAAAUCGGCUGCGAAAUAUUCCCCAUCGCAUUCAAGAAAUUAUCGGAGGUAAACUAAGAAUCUGCAGAUGAUAAUGGGGUUUGAUAAGGUUCUAUAGAAGGCAGCUUUGAUAUAUCCGGUGGGUAUUUCGACGAGGUGUAUCAGUGAGAACAGGAAAUAUCUAGGGAAAACAUGAAUUCGCGUGGCUGUAGAAGGUCUUCGAAGGAAAAUGGAAGGGGAAGCCAUCGCAGGAAGAGAGAAUCGGGCAUCGAGCUUAAUGACACCCUCUCUACAGAGACUAGGGUUUCUGAGGUGCCUGAUCGAAGAAGGAAUUCAAAUUCUGCUCAAGCCAAUGGGAGUAGAGGGAGUGCAACUAACCAUCAGGCAGACUAUGUAAUGAUUGACGUUGAUGAAAUGGAAGAUGACUGUGUUGUUUCCUCUCCAAGAAGGUUUAAUGAGGCCAGAAACCGGUCCAAAAGAAAAGAGAGAGUUCCAAUAAUGGUCGAUGACGAACCCAUUGCUAACCAUUCAGGGCCCUCAAUUGAUGAAAUGGGUAGAAAUGUUGCAUUCUCCACUAGAUCUAUUAAGCGGAGGAAGAAUAAUCCAGCAGGUGUGAGAAUUAUCACUUGUGAUCCUGAUGAUGGUUGUGGAAAUGGUGAUCCUACUGUAAAGGAAUCAAAGCAGGCUACUGCAGAAGUAACGCCAAAAGAGAAGUUCUGUUGUCCAAUUUGCAUAAACACAAUUUCUGAGGAAACGACUACUGUAUGUGGCCACAUCUUCUGCAUGGGUUGUAUCAAAACUGCGAUAAAAGCUCAGGGUAAAUGCCCUACUUGCAGGCGUAAGCUCACAGCUCGCAGCAUCCACCGGAUCUUCCUUUCUUCAAUCAAGUGCUGAACACAGACUUCACACUUUUGGGUUUUUGAUAAAUAUAAUUUUCAAGCUAAUGUUUAAAUGGAAUUCUGAGAUGGAAAUUUGUAAGCUACAUCGGCCUGAGGUUGCUCGAGUAUUCUCUAAGCUCUCUGGAAAUUUCAUAGAUUUCUCUCACUUUUUGAACCUCCCACUGAUUUCUCUGGCCAUUCUGAACUGUUGUGAUCCUUGUGGGAACUUGCAUGGCAACCUAUAAUGGGUGGCACCUCUAGCUUUCAAUGGAAAGGAUCCUAGCACUUGUAAUAUCAAAAGAAAGCAACCUUUUGUUGUCUUUA